AUGCCUAUCAAAGUCAAAGUUGAAUUCCUAGGAGGACUAGAUAUAAUAUCGUCAUCACAAAGAGAACAUAAAGCUGUUUUACCAUACGAGGAAGGUGAAGCAACGAUGAAAGAUGCAAUAAAAUAUAUCUGUGAAAAUAUAAUUACUGAUCCAAAAGAUAUACCUGUCUUCAUCCAGGAUGAUAGUAUAAGACCUGGUAUAUUGGUGCUUAUAAAUGAUACCGAUUGGGAACUUGAGGGAACGGAUGAUUAUGUUAUUGAAAGUGGUGACGUUUUGACAUUUACAAGUACUUUACAUGGUGGUUAA